GAAAAUGAGAUCAAAGGGAGAGGAAACAACAUUUGAUUAUUUUUGUUCCCUCUCCACUGCCAAAGAUGCAUCUUAUCAACCUGUGUGCCAGAUGCACUCUUUACCUUUGCAUGAAAUGGUUCCAGAUUCUCUUGUCAUGACAGCUGCAGUGAGCACGGUGUGAAAAACCGCACUGUCGUGUGAUCGAUGCAGAUUCCAGGGAUUGUUCGACAUAUAUUCCCUUCUUCAGUGCUUCAGGCCUCCACUAUAAAUACAACCAAAUGGGGAUGUGGACUUCAUACACUUCCUUACGUCUAAGAUCAUACAAACUGAAGCAUCACCUAGUGAUCUUGUUGCAGAGACAACAGAAGCCAUGAGCUAUUAUGGAAGCAGCUCUUCCGGUGGCAGGGGUGGCCGUCGAGUCGAGUAUGGGAGGAGCUAUGUGGUGAGGCCAAAGGGACGGCACCUAGCCACCAUUGUGUGGCUCCAUGGCCUAGGUGACAAUGGUGCAAGCUGGUCCCAGCUGCUGGAUGCUCUUCCCUUGCCCAAUAUCAAGUGGAUAUGCCCCACCGCAGCGACCCGGCCCGUCGCGGCUUUUGGCGGGUUCCCCUGCACUGCAUGGUUCGACGUUGAUGACACCUCGGUCGAUGGUCGCGACGACAUCGAGGGGCUGGAUGCUUCAGCUGCACACAUAGCGAACCUACUGUCCUCCGAGCCUUCUGAUGUGAAGCUUGGGAUCGGCGGCUUCAGCAUGGGUGCAGCAGCUGCCCUGCACUCGGCAGCAUGCUACGCUCACGGCAAGUUCAGCAGCGGCACUCCCUACCCGAUCACUCUCAGCGCCGUCGUCAGCUUGAGCGGCUGGCUCCCUUGCUCAAGGACGCUGAGGGGCAAGAUGGAGGGCUCACACAUGGCGGCAAGAAGAGCUGCCUCCCUGCCCAUCUUGCUCAGCCAUGGCAGAGCGGACGAGGUUGUCCCCUACAGGAACGGCGAGCGGUCGACCGAGUUCCUGCGGUGCUCGGGGUUCUCGUAUCUGACAUUCAAGACCUACAACGGGUUGGGCCACUACACCAUCCCCGAAGAGAUGGACGACGUCUGCAGGUGGCUCAGCUCGCGGCUCAGCGUCGACCGAUCUCGUUGAAGAGAGCAGCGCUUCUGUCAUUCUGCGUGUGCGCGCGUGCGACGCGGUGGCUUCCCUAGUAGCAAAUAGCAGAGUGUAAACUUACUAUAGAGAGGUGAAUGCUGGUUUGGUAGCCUGUGACAGCACCACAUGCAUGCCCCUGAUCUCUACAGGCUGCCAUUGCCAUUGUUGGUCUGAGCAAGCACCAAGCAACCAUGAGUGCUGUGUAGUAAACUGGUGAAGGUGUGAGAGCAUAUUUAUCAGAAUUAUGUAAUGUAACCAGUGCUUGUUUUGUAAUGCAAAAAAUAACCAUCUAUACAGAUCAUACUAUUC